GAAGUAAUUGCAUACUAUAUUAGUUGCAUAGCCUACUGACCAACUUCAGGAAUUAAAUUUACUGAGAAACAACAACAACUUGAAUACCUGUGAGUGCAAACUAAUUUGACCACGUGCUAUUCAUACCGAUUGUCGCAACAUGACCGACUCGGACAUUGGUAAAUCAUCUGCAUCAUCGCGUAGCACCAAGACUUCUUCGAUUUCUAGGGACGAGCACGAAUUCAGCCAGGGCUGGCGUAACCAGUGUGCAUCGCCUCUUCGUCGGAAGGACGCUCCGAAGGAUCAAAUGCAGCAUCAAACACAAGAGAACCACACUUCAGCUUCAUCCUCGUCUAAGCGGAGCACCUUAAACCGGACAGUAUCGACUGCCUCGACAAACAAUCCGAUCACUCACGACUCGUCGUCGGCCGGUUUCGUUAACCCGUUCCGGGUAUUCCAUCGCCGGCACUCUUUUGACGCCAAAGAUUCUGCAUAUGACGAUUACGAGGACCAAACAGUGCCGAAUCCUAUUUCCGAGACUUGGCGUAAAUGGUUUCAAAAGUAGGGCACUACGGCGUCUCGCUUAGAUUAAAGCGCUCCAUUAACCGAAUUUGAAUGUACUAAAGUUAUGACUUGAUGAAUAUUAUACGUAAGAAAGUGUGAGAAA